AUAGACGAUUACAUCAUCUCUUGUCACUAAUUCAACAAAAGGGCUGGAUGUUAAAUUCCAAACCCGGGAUAUAUGGCUGAGGAUCCAGUGGUUGAUUAGGACGGUGAAGGAAGCCACUCCUCCCUCUCAAUCUUUGGCUGACUUCUCUGCUCUCCAUACAGUCUCUAUUUACAGUAUGGGGCUGAGUUGACCUAAUGUUUAAUCUCUGGAAUGGCCUGGACCCGUGGCAUUGAUCUUCUACUAACUAAAGAAUCACUACUAGAAACUUGAAGCUCCAGCUCCCUUCUUCACAAUGAACCACAGUGCUACAAACCAUCGAAUACCUCUAAGUGAUGGGAACAGCAUUCCUCUCAUUGGGCUUGGUACCUACUCAGAUCCUAGUCCGGUCCCUAGAGAGACCUAUAUGGCAGUGAAAACGGCCAUUGACGAGGGUUACCGGCACUUUGAUGGGGCCUACAUCUACAACAAUGAACAUGAAGUCGGUGAGGCCAUCAGAGAAAAGAUAGCAGAAGGGAAGGUGAAGAGGGAAGAGAUUUUCUACUGUGGAAAGCUGUGGGCUACAGAUCACAUCCCAGAGUUGGUCCGCCCAGCCCUGGAAAGGACGCUAAAGGAUCUCAAGCUAGAUUAUGUGGACCUUUACAUCAUUGAAAUACCCAUGGCCUUUGAGCCUGGAAAGGGAAUGUAUCCUCAAGAUGAAAAUGGCCAAUGGUUAUACCACAAAUCAGAUCUGUGCGCCACUUGGGAGGCACUGGAAGCUUGCAAGGAUGCUGGUUUGGUGAAAUCCCUCGGGGUAUCUAAUUUUAACCGCAGGCAGCUGGAGCUCAUCUUGAACAAGCCAGGACUCAAGUACAAGCCAGUCACCAACCAGGUGGAGUGCCACCCAUAUUUCACCCAAGCAAAACUCUGGAAGUUUUGCCAGCAGCAUGACAUUGUUAUUGUCGCAUAUAGCCCUCUGGGGACCUGUCGGAACCCAAGCUGGGUGAAUGUAUCUUCUCCAUCCUUGUUAAAGGAUGAACUUUUAAUCUCACUGGGGAAGAAGUAUAACAAGACAGCAGCUCAAAUUGCAUUGCGUUUCAACAUCCAGCGAGGGAUGGUUGUCAUCCCUAAAAGCUUUAAUCACAAAAGGAUCCAAGAAAACUUUCAGAUCUUUGACUUUUCUCUCACUGAAGAAGAAAUGAAGGACAUUGCCGCCUUGAAUAAAAAUGUCCGCUUUGUGGAGCUGCUCAUGUGGAGUAACCAUCCUGAAUACCCAUUUCAUGAUGAAUACUGAACAUCAACAGUUCUUCAAAAGAGUUUUUUUCUCUCAUUCAGGAGCUUGAGCUGGGUAAUCCUCUCCAAGUAUAUGAGAUUUUACUAUCCUCAGAAGAAGUUGAAUAAAACACACCAUGCUUAA